AUGGCGACUGAUCAAGUGAAGAACCGCAUGCAUGUUUUCAAGAACACUGGCAAAGAUGUCGACGAAAUGCGCAGGCGGAGGAACGAAGUUACAGUAGAACUGAGAAAAAAUAAAAGAGAAGAAACACUACAAAAACGUCGUAAUGUGCCUAUCAGCUACUCUACAGACGAGGAUGAGAUCGAGAGGACCCUUGCAUCCACGGACCUCAAGGAGCUGGUAAUGAAUGCGGCGAACGGAGACAACCCUGAUGUGCAGCUGGCGGCCGUGCAGCAGUGCAGGAAGCUUCUCUCGUCAGACAAGAACCCACCCAUUGAUGAGCUGAUUGCUACUGGAAUUCUCCCUAUCCUUGUGCAGUGCCUCUCAAGGGCUGACAAUCCCUCACUCCAGUUCGAAACCGCUUGGGCCUUAACGAAUAUCGCAUCAGGCACCUCCGCUCAGACAAACAAAGUUGUACAUGCUGGUGCUGUCCCUGUCUUCCUUCAGUUGCUCAUGUCUCCUCAUGAGAAUGUUUGUGAACAAGCUGUCUGGGCCCUGGGUAACAUCAUUGGAGAUGGUCCCGUGCUCCGAGACUUUGUUAUUGAAAUGGGUGUAGUUAAGCCACUGUUGAGUUUCAUCAAGCCUGAUAUCCAAAUUUCAUUUCUCCGUAAUGUGACCUGGGUCAUCGUCAACCUAUGCAGGAGUAAGGACCCACCACCACCUGUCAAAACUAUCCAAGAAAUUCUUCCUGCACUUAACUUCCUUAUCACUCACAAUGACAACAAUAUUUUAGUAGACACAGUUUGGGCAAUCAGCUAUUUAACAGAUGGUGGCAAUGACCAGAUCCAAAUGGUGAUUGAGUCGGGAAUAGUCCCAAAGCUUAUCCCGUUACUGUCACACAAAGAGGUUAAAGUUCAGACAGCAGCUUUGAGAGCAGUGGGCAAUAUUGUGACUGGCACGGAUGAACAGACACAAGUAGUCCUCAACUGCGAUGCACUGUCGCACUUCCCUGCUUUACUAUCCCACCAGAAAGAGAAGAUCUGCAAAGAAGCCGUAUGGUUCUUAUCAAACAUCACAGCAGGUAACAAGCAGCAAGUGCAAGCAGUUAUAGACGCGGGCCUACUGCCCAAGAUUGUGGAGAACCUCACCAAGGGAGAGUUCCAGACACAGAAAGAGGCAGCCUGGGCAGUUUCCAACCUUAGUAUCAGUGGGACUAAGGAGCAGGUUGCCGCCCUCAUCAACUGUGGAGUCAUACCGCCAUUCUGUAAAUUGCUCAGUUGCAAAGAUACUCAAGUUAUUAAUGUUGUGCUAGAUGGUUUAAGCAACAUGCUGAAGAUGGCGGGAGAGAACGCUGACCAAGUCGCUAAUAUGAUCGAAGAAUGUGGCGGCAUCGACAAGAUUGAGGCUCUGCAAAGCCAUGAGAAAGUUGAGAUCUACAAAAUGGCCUAUGAUAUCAUCGAACAAUACUUCACCGGAGAGGAGGAGGAUGCGACGUUGGUCCCGACAGCGGCGGAGUCAGGCUUCCACUUCGACGCGGCGGCCGCCGGGCCGCACGAGGGCUUCCACUUCUAG